AUGGGGAUUUUGGAGAGUCUUAUGGCUUUCCCCUAUCAAGUGUGGUUCAUUCUGGGGAAUGAGUUCUGCGAGCGUUUCUCUUUCUACGGGAUGCGAUCCCUGCUGUACAUCUACUUCAAGAGGGAACACGGCAUGCCUUCACAUAUUUCGCGUGCCAUUCAACAUGCAUUCAACGGAGUCGCAUAUUUGACGCCGCUCUUGGGAGCCGUGAUGGCGGAUUCGUGCUUUGGAAAAUACUACGUGAUUCUGGUGGGCUCGAUCUUCUACGUGUUGGGUCAUGUGUCUCUAUCGGCUGGCGCUUUGCCCUUCUUUGGAUUAGUUGUUCGCCAAGUCUUUGAUUAUGUUGGCCUCUUGACGAUCGCCGUUAGCACUGGUGGUAUCAAGCCGUGUGUAGCUGCUUUUGGUGCCGAUCAGAUUCCACCCGAAAAGGCGGAAGCUCGCAGCGCUUUUUUCUCGUACUUCUACAUGGCGAUCAAUGCAGGUUCUGUUCUGUCGAUGUUUCUCACGCCGCAGCUUCGCGAUAUUUCUUGCGCUGGUUCAACAACGUGCUAUCCAUUGGCUUUUGGUGUCCCCGGAAUUCUGAUGUUGGUUGCGUUGAUUUUGUUUGUUUGCGGCACGUGUUGGUAUGUGAGGAAGCCGCCGGCUCGCGAGAACCUCGCCUUCACCAUCAUCGGCUGUAUCACGUUGGGAUUGAGUCGAAAGAUUUGCGGCAAAAAGCCUCUCGUGCUUGAAGAAGACGAUGAUCCGGAUGAAGCUCUUAGAGUGUCUUCGACAAGUAGCUACUCGGACCGUGAGAUUGGACCAAGGAUGAUGGUAGGAGCUGGACCAAAGGCCAAACUCGAAUCAAAAACCAAAUCUAAUCUCCAGUCUCUAGCAGACCCUCGCAGAUUCAGCGGUAAAGCUGAACGAGCAGAAUCAGCACAAAGAAGCAUCGGAAUAACCGGCAACAAUGACGAACCAAAGAAAACCGACAAGAAAAGAAUGGAGCAAACGAAGGAAGUUUUGCGGAAACGUUGCCAAUGGCUUGACGGCGCCGCACCUAACUAUUCGGAAAUGCAAAUUUGGGGAGUCAAGUGUCUAUUGUCAAUCUUGUGGGUGAUCUGGCCAUUGUGUUUCUUCUGGUUUCUCUAUGAUCAACAGAGCACCACCUGGGUGGAUCAAGCGACGCAUAUGAAUGGGAAAAUCGGUCACUUCUACGUCAACCCUGAGACAAUGCAAAUGUUCAACGCAGUUUUCAUCAUCAUCUAUGUGCCAGUUUGCAAGUACUUUGUGUAUCCGCUUUGUGAAAAGGUCAUUCGCUUGACAUUUCUGCGAAAACUGGGCAUCGGUUUGGUGAUGGCAGCGUUCGGGUUUUUCAUCUCCGGAUACCUUCAGCUUGCAAUCGAUUAUAAUGCCACGAUUCGACCUGAUGAUGGCCACGUGUUCGUGCAGAGAAUCGGCUCUGGACCAAAUCUCACCCUUUACAACUACAAAAACACAACUGAAGAAGUUUUUAUUACCAAAAGACGGAGACAGACGCUUCCCGGUCGUUAUGUGUUGGAUCCAGAUGCCCAAAAUAGCACUAUUGAGUUGGCAUUGGAACGUGACGAACCGAAGACACUUCAAGCUUAUGUCUUUGCACUUGAAGCAGGUCGCUUGAACUCGCUACAGUACAACUUUGCACAAACCCAAGAGCUCCACGAAACGAGGGUCAUCCUCUUUCCAUCAUUUGAUAUUGCUGCCUCGAAUUGGACUUAUUACGUAAAGGGACACCUGUUAAAGGGCACAAUUAAGAAUGGAACGAUAAUCGACUUGAAGCAUACUUUUUGGGACACGCUCGAGUACACGAUUAUCAUGGGGCCGAAUUGCACGGAAGGUUUCAAGUGUAAGUAUCGAGCUACGGUCGAGAAUUUGGCGGGACCCGUUCAUGUGCUCUACGUGGAGAAAAGCGGAGUUGAAAUUGUGCAAGUGAUGGCGCCUUUCGCGUUACACGUGAUGUGGCAGUUGCCGCAAAUUCUCACCAUUACAUUUGGAGAGGUAUGGCUUUCUGUGACUGGACUCGAGUUCGUCUACGACCAAAGCCCGCCAUUUAUGAAGAGCAUGAUGCAGGCUAUAUGGACGCUAACAAUCUCUAUUGGAAACAUUUUGGAGGUGAUUUGGUCGAUGAUCAAUCCAUUGGCGGGCAAAGCGGCCAUCGAGGCUUUCGUUUAUGGUGGUAUCAUUAUUGUCGUGACUGGCAUCUAUGUGGUCCUCGCUUGUCGCUACCAGUACAUUGAGGGAUUCCCAACUGUUGAAGUAGCCGAAGAAGAAGACGAGGCAAUAGGAGGAGAUGAGAGUUCGAAAACCGAGGAGGCCAAGAAGCUUCUUGGCCCGAAAGGCAAGAAGGCCAACAAGCCGGAAACUUCUCAAGAAUCGACCAUCGUUGAGGAGAAGAAAACGAAAAAGAAAUCUCAA